CAGCGCUGGGAACGGGAUCCGCCGAACCGGGCCGGGAUGGGGCCCGGCAGGCUCCGAGUGAACCGGGCAGUUUGGGACCCGCCAAGGGCUGCUCUCCAUGCCUUCAUCCCCCAGCCUGUGUGGAUACCAGAGGAUGCUGAUCCAUCAUGGACCUGCUGGUCCAGGCUGACCCUGCGAGGGCGUGUGUGACACCACGCAGACGAGUCACCAGCUGCCCCCCUGACAUCCACAGGUGCCGCGGAGGGGCCGCGCCAGCGGGGAGGACGCUGAGGCUGGGAACAGCACCAUGGCCAACCUGACAGCCGUGAGCACCGGCAGGAACUCGUGCACCUACCACGAGGAGUUCAAGCAGGUCCUGCUACCCCUGGUGUACUCGGUGGUGUUCCUAGUGGGGCUGCCCUUGAACGCCGUGGUCAUCGGGCAGAUCUGGCUGGCGCGGAAGGCGCUGAGCCGCACCACCAUCUACAUGCUCAACCUGGCCGUGGCUGACCUGCUCUACGUCUGCUCCCUGCCGCUCCUCAUCUACAACUACACCCAGAAGGACUACUGGCCUUUCGGGGACUUCACCUGCAAAUUCGUGCGCUUCCAGUUCUACACCAACCUGCACGGCAGCAUCCUCUUCCUCACCUGCAUCAGCGUCCAGCGCUACCUGGGCAUCUGCCACCCCUUGGCCUCGUGGCACAAGAAGAAGGGCAAGAAGCUGACGUGGCUGGUGUGCGCGGCCGUGUGGUUCAUCGUCAUCGCCCAGUGCCUGCCCACCUUCGUCUUCGCCUCCACCGGCACGCAGAGGAACCGCACCGUCUGCUACGACCUGAGCGCGCCCGACCGCUCCGCCGCCUACUUCCCCUACGGCAUCACCCUCACCUUCACCGGCUUCCUGCUGCCCUUCGUGGCCAUCCUGGCCUGCUACUGCAGCAUGGCGCGCAUCCUGUGCCAGAAGGACCAGCGCAUCGGCCUGGCCGUGCACAAGAGGAAGGACAAAGCCGUGCGCAUGGUCAUCAUCGUGGUCAUCGUCUUCUCCAUCAGCUUCUUCCCCUUCCACCUCACCAAGACCAUCUACCUGAUCGUCCGCUCCUCGCCCGGCCUGCCCUGCCCGGCCCUGCAGGCCUUCGCCAUCGCCUACAAGUGCACGCGGCCCUUCGCCAGCAUGAACAGCGUCCUCGACCCCAUCCUCUUCUACUUCACCCAGCGCAAGUUCCGGGAGAGCACCCGCUACCUCCUCGACAAGAUGAGCUCCAAGUGGCGGCACGACCACUGCGUCACCCACGGCUCCUAGGCGAGGACGAGGCCCCCUCGGUGCCGCCGGGGCACGGAGCGAUUUCGGCUCUAAGCUCCACGGAGCGGAGAUGGCUUCUCUGGGGACAUGCUGGAGGAGAGGAGGAUGGCAUCUCCCGAGCUUUCAGUGCUUUCAGCCCACCUCCAGCCUGCAGUGGUGCAGUAUUUACCCCAUCACAGACCCAGCGUCCUCUCCCUGGCUCGGUUGCUCACUCAGAGCAGCUCAGCACCUUGCUGGUCAAGCACCGACGCGAUAAAAAUCCCCUGGGACUGUGGAGAACAAGACGGGACCGUGGAGGACGCAUCCCUGGCCCAGGACGAGCUGCUGGGGGAUGAUUUGUCCACGUGCUCAAUUAAAAAUUCCCUGAUGGGGACAGCAUGUGAAGGCUGGGAGGGUUUGGUUCAGCCCAUACCGUGGGGCCAUGUGUUUCUCCAGCUCAAGAUCAGUGUCACGGAUGGUUUGUGCAGCACUGGGACAUCCCUGUCCCCCAGUGCCCGGAAUGAGGCCACACCAGCAAGAGACACCGGCUCACUGCUAUUGCCAGUGCUGUGAAAUGGUGGAGGAGCACCCCUGGACGGACUGGGAACAGGGAAAGGGGACAUCGGGGCAACUGGAACACCCACGCUGCAUUUCCCACUGAAGCCAUGCCCGUGGGCUGGGUUAGGCACAAGCUAGCAGCACUGUCACCUGCCUGGGGACCUUCAUCUGAGUCCAGCUCCCUGCUUAGCCCAGCACCCUAAAUCUGGCCCAUCCUGGUGUCAGUGGUGCCCUGCUGUCACCUCCUAACCAGGAUCCACCACCGUCGGAGCCAGCAGAUGCAGACAAUGCCCAGAGUUGGAAGAUGCAUGCCACAGAGAGCUACUCGGAGUCCUGGCCAUGUCACCAUGCAUCCCACAGCUGGCUUGGGCUCUCCACGGGCCUGGGGAUUGAGCUUUGCUCCCACAGCCUCUGUUGGGAUGCUGCUCCCUCCAGGCGAGGAGGGAUUUGCGAGGUGGAUGCACCACUCAUCGCUCUGCGGGUCUUCUCUAACAUACAGGAUGUAUAGAAUUAACUCCCUGCUCUUUCUCACAUGGGUGUAUACACCCACUGCAUGUAUAGACAUAGAAUAUAGCCGAGCAGAGGGAGGUCUGUGGCCCAGCACAGGCUCUGCA